AUGACCUCCGUCUUCUCGUCGCUGGUGCGGCCUCCCAAACUGCUCAGCAAAGGUCUUGGACAGACUGCUUCAGAUGUACUCGCCACUCUCCCCCUGUCGGCGCCUAAUCCUGAAGCCGUCGACCGCGACCUCCGCGAUCUCAAUGCCGCAUUGCAGACCCUCUCCGAGAUCUUCCCGGACCUUCAGCCCGAGGUCUUCCGCGAAAUGCUCUCUUCGCUAGGCCCUGAAAGCAGGGUGCAGGUAGUCACGGAACAACUGCUUCGCAACGGCGUGAAAUGGGCGCGGGGGCGCUACCGGAUGCCGACCGAGCAGGAGGAACAACGCGCCGUAGCGCACAAGUACAAGUACCGUAAUGUGGAUCCCGAGAAAGAUACGCGCGGCAAUCCACUGGCAAGAGAAGACAAGUUCCGGUCGAAGGGAUACAAGGAGGCAGCGAAGGAGGCGCUCUACGGCGAGUUUAAAGGAUUAAGCCACGCGACAGUCAAAGCGGUGCUCGCCGAGUACAACUGGAGUUACACGCAGGCGCGACCGACGCUCUUGGUUCUGUCGAGCCAGAGCUGGCGUUCAAGCAUCACAAACUUCUUCAUGCGGAGGAAGGCCCCGAGUGCGGAUGAUCAUCCGCUCAUCAUGUGGCUCGCUCCGGAUGCCAAAACAGGACGUGGGCGGAAGCCGCUGCUGGUCAAGACUAAAAGUCUAGAGCUGGACCAAGAGCUGUAUGAGAGUUUGAUAAGGCCGGAGUUGGAAAAGCAGCGGAAAGACCAGGUGCAGCAGGACCUCGAGUUGGCGCUGAAGUGGAAUGAGGAAGAAGCCGAGGCAGAAGGGGAGAUGUACGACUGCGAAUGCUGCUUCAUCCCGAACACGUUGCAGCAAAUGUCCACAUGCGAUGUCGAUGGGCACUACAUCUGCUUCAGGUGCAUACGGCAUGCAAUCAACGCUGCGCUGUACGAUCAGGGAUGGGCUCGCAACAUCAACACAGAGCUCUGCACGCUCAAAUGCAUAGCUCCCAUGACGGACAGCAUGGACGAUUGCACCGGAUGCGUUCCUCUCGCUUUCGUCAAGCGCGCUCUCUUGGAAGAGCCUGACGGCGAAGACGCGGUACGGAAAUUGAACGAGCGAUUCACAAACGAAGCAAUGCUCAAGUCACAACUUCCCCUCAUCCGCUGCCCUUUUUGCCCCUACGCCGAGAUCGACGACCUUGCACUUCCCUCUGCAAAUCUAGUACGCAGCCUCCGUUUCAGGAGAGAAUCCCUCCUCGCCUCUGUCUCCCUCUUUCAAGUACUCUGCUUCCAAGCCGUCCGCAUCAUCGCAUUCGUCUUCAUCCUAUUCAUUGGCCUUCUCAUCAUCAUCAACACCGCCCUUCCCACGCCCCUCCCCAUCUUUUCCUCCAUUCAAAUGGCGUUGAGACGCAUCCACCUCAAACGCCGCGGUCUCCGCUUCCGCUGCCAGUCCCCGACGUGCGGCCGUUCUUCGUGCUUGAGCUGCUCCGGCCCCUGGCACGACCCGCACACCUGCUACUCCUCCCAACUCACCUCCCUCCGCCUCACCCUCGAACGCGCCACCACCGACGCUGUAAAGCGCACCUGCCCGCAGUGCAGCAUGUCCUUCGUCAAGUCCGAGGGCUGCAACAAGCUCGUCUGCACGUGUGGCUACGCUAUGUGCUAUGUGUGCCGCGAGGGGCUGGCUGGCGUUGGAUACCAACACUUUUGCCAGCAUUUCAGGGCGGUUCCGGGGAGCAAGUGUAUGGAGUGCGACAAGUGCGAUUUGUACCGCGUGGAGGACGAGGCGAUUUCCGUGCAGAAAGCGAAGGAACGGGCUGAGAGGGAGUGGUGGGAAAGGCAGGGUAGCGGGGCGCAGGUUGGACUGAAGGAACGGGCGGGGAGGCAGAGGGUUGGUGCGAAUGAAACUUCGGGGCGGUGGCGAUGGGUGAGGAGGGAGGACGUUACUGGGUGGAUUGAAAAUUUUGUCGAAAGUGUGGUCGUGUGA